GCUGCAGCUCCUGAAAGCUCUGAAAAAACCCUGAGCUCAAUUGAGAAUCUACAGAAUAAAGUGUUAUAAUCUAAGAGUUAUGUGCUGCUUCUUCCAGCAGGGGGCGCCAUGAGCUGCAGCAAGCAGUAAGAAACAUAUAGCAGUGAGUGCAGCUCAGUGAAAUAUAACUGAGACAUCAAUUGAUUCUAAACUGUUCCCUCGCAGUAAUCAGAUUACUUCUACAGUAGAGUAUUGUCUCUGAUAUUAGAUUAUAAACCACCAGUUUAGAUUCUAUAUUAAAUUCAGGCUCUAUAGCAGGAACUCAGUGGAUCUAAAGUGAGUCCAUGUUUCAUUAGCUUCUUUGGUUCCUUCAGUCCUUCAUAGGUCCACCUUUGUUUCUGAUGACAGACUCAAUCCUCCUCAGCAUGGAGGAAACCAGAGUCCACUCAUUUUUGCUCACAUCUUCUCACAGUGUGUUCUUCAUCUGCUCUAAGCUGGAGAGGUUGUGUUGCUCUAUCUUUCUCUGGAAAAUACCACAAAGGUUCUGUUAGCUUCAGGUCAGGAUUCACACUGUCCAGGUUCCAUUUCCACUUUGUUCUAGUGUAGAAGCUCUUGUGUGAUGUUGUUCUUUGGAAGUUCUCCUGCUGGAAUAUCCCUCUUCUUCCAGCUUCUGCAGACUGGGACUCAUCUUGUCAGCCAGUAUUUUGAUUUAUCCUCAGACAUUCAUGGUGCAUCUAGAAAUUUCAUCAACAUGUUUUUCACUCAUGCAGAUCCAUAUCAUCACACUCCCACCUCUGUGCUUCACGGUCAGGACGAUGCAUUCACUGUGGUGAUCCUGGUCAGGUUCCCACCUAACAUGCUGGACUCCGAAUCCAACUAAUUUAUCUUUGUCUUUUUUGUGCUUCACAUACUUCACUGAUUUUUAGUUUUUAUAUAGUUUAUAAAGGUUUAUAAAUAUAUAUAUACCAUUAUGACCACUCUGUCUCCUACAGAUGAGGAAGAGGUGACGGUGAGGAGGAAGAGACAGGAGCUGAGGAAGAUGAAGGACAUCGAGGAGUUAACAUCUGCUGGACACAAAGCUCUGCAGGAGGGACGGCUAGAGGAUGCUCUGAGAUGCUUCAAGGACGCACUGAAGGCUGCCACACAGCUGCAGGAUUCCCGGGUUCUGCGGGCCUGUUCCUUUAACCUUGGAGCGGCUUACGUGGAGGCAGGCCAACCUAAGAAAGGUCUUGACCUCCUGCGGCAGGCUCAGCCUGGUCCAAAGGCAGACCGCCUCCCAGAUCUCCAGUUCAACCUGGGCCUGGCCCACAAUGCGCUGGGACAGAGCUUAGAGGCCGCCACAUUCUUCCUGCAGGCUGCUCAGCUGUACCGGUCGCAGGGAGACGGACGCAGUGAAGGAGACGCCUGUGUGGAGCUGAGCCACUGCUACAGCAGAACCCAGGACUGGUCUCAGGCGGUUCAGGGCUUCUUGCGGGCUGCAGAGAGUUACAAAAUGGCGGCCAUGUUAGAUUCUGCAGCCACAGCACUGAAAGAAGCAGGAAGUCACAUGAUCCAAUCAGAUGAAUUCAGCCAGGAUGACAUCAGUGCCAUGUUGACAGAGUGUUUGAGUCUGACCAACAGCAUCAGUGACCAGAGGAUCCUUGGUGAGCUGUACCUCUCAGUGGGCGUGUCCUACUGCCGGCUCAGGUGUUUUCAGGAGGGGGUGCAGUGUUUCCAGCUGGCUCUGGGUCCCGCUGCUCAGUGCCCCCCCCUGCUGGCCAGCGUGCUGCACAACCUAGGAGCCGCCCUCAACUCUAUGGGCCAGUUCAGCCCUGCAGUGGGCUACCACAGGCUGGCUGCAGGCCUGUAUGGCUCUCUGGGUUGCCGUGGUGACCAGGCUCGAUGUUUUACAAACUUGGCGUUUGCCUGCAGUCAGCUGGGUGAUGAAGAGGAGGCAGUGGAGAGCUUCAUCCUUGCUCUGCAGGGCUUCAGAGACACAGAGGAUCACCUGGCUCAGGUUCAGGUGUGUGAAUCACUGGCUGAAUGUUACCUGAAGCAGAGGAAGCAGCAGAGAGCUGUCCAGCUCUACAAACAGGCUCUGAGCACGCUCUCUCACUGCCAGGACAGUGGUGGUGUUCAGGACCGACUGGUGGAGCGACUGACUGCAGUUCUGAAGAUGAGUGUUGGGCUGCAGAGGCCAGUCAGGCCACGCCCACUCAGACCACACCCACAAAGUUCACCUGUUGGACAGAAUGUCAGAAAGGGUGACAUCACACACAGUCCAGGCACAGCAGCCAAUCAGCAGUCAGAUGAGCAGAGAGGGGAGGGGUCAGGUAGGCAGGGUGCAGGGGGCAAAAGCAUUGAUACCCCUGAAUACAUGAGUGUAGCAUCUGGACAGAACAGUUCAAACCAGUCAGACCAGCUGCAGCACAAGGAAUCACUACCGCCAGAUACACCUGGUGAGCUGUGGUCGGACAGAGGGAACUCUCACUUUGACAGUGACACUUCAUUGGUUCAGCAGGCCGAGGCCACACCCAACAGCUCAAGGGAUGUCAGAGAGGCCACACCCCUUUUGUCCAGGUGGAAGUCUCGGUUCUGUUUGCUGAUGUAACACUCUGCUGUCUGCGGACUGAUCCGUUUACUGAUUGUGUAUUGAUUAAUGACAUUAUCAGUCGGACUCUGGUUUCCUUGGAAACACCGAAGGAGGAGUACUCCUGAGUACGUCUAACGGUUUCUGAGGAUUUCUAAGGAUUUCUAGGCACAGGUGGAUUUUGCUUAUGUAGCGACUAAUGCAGCAGUGCUUAGGUCCUUUCAGACAUAAACUCUGCUGUGUUAAUCUCACAAAAUCUGAAUAUUUCACUCGAUGUCUGAAUGAUUUUCCUGCUCAUGUUUCUAUAAAAGUCAUAUCAACAA